AUGUUCUAUUAAAAUCAAGUUGCUGCAGUAAAACUUACUGAAUAAAAUAUUCAAGAUAAUACUGGAGUACAUGUAUUGAACCUAAACUAGCACUGUAAAUCAUUAGAAAAAGGAAGUUAGAAACAUAAAAAGAAUAAAAAAUCUAAAAACUAAAAAGACAUCUAUUAAGCAAAUAAUUGGUAGGGAAUUAAAGGUUAGAAUUAAGAAGAUGAACAAAACUAGAAUAACUAUAAGCUACCUUCUUAUUCCAGUUGUCUUUAAGCUGAAAUAUAUCCUUAGAACUAUCAAAAACUUAGAGAUUACUUUGAGGUAGCCAUUAAAGAUCAGAAGAUUGCUGAUCUUAAUUUCAAGAAUAUGCUCAAAUCUAGCAAAUAAAAGCAUAACAUCAAUACAAAACUAGAAUCGCUAUACAGAUCUGAUAAAGGUUACAAUAAUAGUACCUCUUCAAGAUAAAACUAAAUUUACUAUUUCAGCUCCAACAUUAAUGAUAAAUACAGAUAACUUCUUUAAGAUUAAAAACUUAAGUAACUUAUGGAUUAGUAGCAAUUAAGAAGAAGUAUUUAGCUUCAUUAAAAAAAUCUUUUGUAAAUGAGAUCUUAUAAUGAUUAAUAGCAUGUAGAUGGUUCAAUUUCCCCUAUAAAGGCAGUAAAUCCUGAGUACCUAAAUAUUGACACAAAUGAGAGAAUUUAAUAGAUUUGA